AUGGAUCUGGCUGUGGUCCUGGUGCUCUGUCUCUCCUGCCUGCUUCUUCUCUCGCUCUGGAAACAGAGCUCUGGGAAGGGGAAGCUCCCCCCAGGCCCCACUCCUCUCCCGAUUCUUGGAAAUAUCUUUCAGCUAGAUGUUAAGAAUAUCAGCAAAUCUUUAACCAGUCUCUCAAAAGUCUACGGACCUGUGUUCACUGUGUAUUUUGGAAUGAAGCCCACGGUAGUUUUGCAUGGAUAUGAAGCAGUGAAGGAGGCUCUGAUUGAUUUGGGAGAGGAGUUUUCUGGAAGAGGCAGUUUCCCAGUGAUUCAAAGAACUGUUAAGGGAUAUGGAAUCGUAUUCAGCAACGGGAAAACAUGGAAGGAGACCCGGCGCUUCUCGCUCAUGACGCUGCGGAAUUUCGGGAUGGGGAAGAGGAGCAUCGAGGACCGUGUUCAAGAGGAAGCGCGCUGCCUAGUGGAGGAGCUGCGGAAAACCAACGGGUUGCCCUGUGAUCCCACUUUCAUCCUGGGCUGUGCUCCCUGCAAUGUGAUCUGCUCCAUUAUUUUUCAGAACCGUUUUGAUUAUAAAGAUCAGAGUUUUCUAAAUCUAAUGAAAACAGUAAAUGAAAAUAUCAAGAUUUUGGGCUCUCCGUGGAUGCAGGUCCUCAAUAUUUUCCCUGUGCUCCUUGAUUUUUUCCCAUGGAGUUAUAAAAAAUUUUCUACAAAUAUUGCUUAUGUAAAAAAUUAUGUUUUGGAGAAAACAAGGGAACACCAAGCAUCCCUGGAUAUUAACAAUCCUCGAGACUUUAUUGAUUGCUUCCUGAUCAAGAUGGAGCAGGAAAAACACAAUCAUCAGUCAGAAUAUACAUUUGAAAACCUGACAAUCACUGUAUCUGAUUUGUUUGGAGCUGGGACAGAGACAACGAGCACCACGCUGAGAUAUGGACUCCUCCUCCUGCUGAAGCACCCAGAGGUCACAGCUAAGAUCCAGGAAGAGAUUGACCGUGUGAUUGGCAGACACCGGAGCCCCUGCAUGCAGGACAGGACCUGCAUGCCCUACAUGGAUGCUGUGGUGCAUGAGAUCCAGAGAUACAUUGACCUGGCUCCCACGAGUGUACCUCAUGCUGUGAAUUGUGACGUAAAAUUCAGAAACUACCUCAUCCCCAAGGGCACAGAUAUAUUAACAUCACUGACUUCUGUGCUACAUGAUGACAAAGAAUUCCCCAACCCAGAGGUAUUUGACCCUGGCCACUUCCUGGAUGAGAAUGGCAACUUUAGGAAGAGUGACUAUUUCAUGGCUUUCUCAGCAGGAAAACGGGUUUGUGUGGGAGAGGGCCUGGCCCGCAUGGAGCUGUUUUUAUUCCUGACCACGAUUUUACAAAAAUUUACCUUGAAAUCUCUGGUUGACCCAAAGGACAUCGACACCACCCCAGCUGUUACUGGAAUAGCUACUGUGCCACCUCCUUACCAGCUCCGCUUCAUUCCUGUAUGA